UUUUUCCGGCCGGCUUCAAACUAGCUUCAAACUUCAAAGACACAAGAUAUACCGACCAACAAUUACUAGGAGGAGUUGACACUCAAGGCUGAGCUUGCAUGCGCGGGUCGCAAAACCAUGUCAUAGCACUGGAUUCAAACUUUGCGUCGACUACCCUGCCGUUGGCUUACUUUUUUCUGCCCUGGGGUGGGUUACUAAAGGCUUCGCAGAUUAUUAAGCUUAUAAGCUUAACUAAGAUUGAAUCGGCUCAGCCAGAUAUGUUCAUCUUAUUACUAGUUCACCAGCUCUGAUUUACGAAAUCGCCGGUAGGAGGAAUAGUUCAAUGGCUGCUUCAGAGUAUAAUGAUAGAGGUGAAGAUGGUCUUUAUAAGGUCAUAGCAAAUCUGCAAAACCAAAAUAUGCCAUUGGAGUCAUUGUUAAACGCCAACGACAUAAGUGUGGAGGGAGUUGACAUCACUGUUACCCUCGGACAAGUUGUGCAGGCUCAGUCCAUCUGCAUGCAAGAUCUGUCGGUGCUGCCACCUGGUAUACGAGAUUGGGCUGUUUCUCUUACAAACAGGCUCAUUGCUGAAUUGUUGAAGUUUUCUGCCCAUCCUCACUCAUCACUGCUACACCCCAGGAACGUGAGUGAUUCAGAUCAGUCUGGCACAUUACAUGGCGGCUUCAUCGUUAACUCAUGCGAAGUCUAUGAGGAUCAUGCAGCAAUUAAGAAAGAAGACAUUUCUGAGGAUGAGGAAGAUUCGAUGUUUGAUGAUGAAAGUAGCUCCACCACGAGUGACACACUUUCCUACUCUGGUUCCUUUACUGGAAAGAAGCACAACCCUCAUCUUACCAAAAGCGUACCUGCCACCUAUGUGUACAAUUUCCGAGGAGUUCGCUGUCCGGUCUGCUACUUCAUUUCAUUCAGAGGGAUGAAAUGUGUUGAUGAACUUGUAGAGCAUGUUACAGCAAAGCACAGAGAAAGGGCAACACCAGAAGCUCUUGAAAAAUUACGUGCGUCAAACACAGUUGACAAGAUAAUUGGGCAUGGGAUGAGGUACUGUGACUGUAAAAAGUGUUUGUCAUACAUGAGGGCUAAUAAUCUUAUUUGAUUGCAACACAACCACAACGCAGGUGACCCUACGCUUCACACAUCACCUGCGUUUGUUGUUUUUAAUAUUUCUGUUGUAAAUAUUGUUAUAUGUUGUUUGCAUAAAGAAAAUUAUGAACAUUUUAAAAUCAUGA